GAUAGCCGUAAUUUAAUCCAGUGAUUGCUUGUUAUCUUAUGUUCUCUAAUACUUCUACCUUAAACAGUGGUGGGCUUAGAUAGCAUGAUAAUUUGGUGUGGAAAAUAGUGUUUGGUCCUGUGGGCCUUUUAGUGUGUCUGAAACACGCAUGGGGUGCUCGCUCUGCCUGUAUGUAAGGUUAAUCCCGCUUUCAAAUGGAGCACCUGUUUUGAAUGACUGAAAGCAGAGUUCAUGGCCCUGUUUUAUAAGUUCCAGAUAGUUCACCUUAUUUUUUCUAAUUUGUGUUUUAUCUCCCUAUCUGAUAUCUUCCUUUUCACCUCAGACCUUAAUUUCCUAAUCUUCUGUCAGUUAGAUCUUCCGAUUUGCUUUUAUCUAAGCCCUCUUUUUUUGCUUAGCUUGCCGCUUGUUUCUGGUUGAUUUUAUAUGGUUACCCCCACCCUGCUCUCAUAGUCCGUUUCUCCUGCUUUGUAAGCAUUUUCUUAACCUCCUUUAGAUGGGGAGCCAAAACUCAUGCUUUCUUUUAAAUCAGUGUUGUACCUUACCCAUAAAUGUGCCUUUCCCACAACGUGUUUAGGAUUUUAAGGAAACAGAGGAGCCAAAUGGGGAGAAGAAAUAGUGAGCACUGCAGCCCCAGCCUGCGUGUGUCCAGCAUCUCUCAUGAGAAUUUAUCUCACUGGAAUUUGGAUUCAGAAGUACCUGUUCCUGAAAACAGAAACCUCCCACCUGGAAGGGAUAGUGCAGCAGGUGGCAAAAUUAACAAGAGAUACAUUGUAUUUAAAAUUCUGCUGCUGCUAGAGCAACUGAUGCUAGAUCUUAAUUUGUCAGACCAUGCUCACAAAAGAACACAGAAUAGUAAACAAGGGAUAUUUCAGUUAUGGAGUUAUCCUCUUGACGAAGGAAGUACCAUGGAGAACAGGGCUCUCCAAAAAUCUUCAGUGGAAACUGGCUUUACUAUAACCAAUAGUCCCAUAAGGCUCUUUACUCUGCACCACUCACUAACAAGUGCUUCCGCUGAUAAGCAAGUUGGUUCUCACCCUGGACUGCAGGUGCCAUUAGGUCUCAGCUGGCCCUAUGCUGAUGGAGACUUUUUUAAGGACAGAACUGAGCCUCAUAUUAAUUUAUGUUCAACUAUAGAAAACAACAAUAGUGAAACUUUAUCUGCUCCAAAUUGGAAUUUGAAAUAUGGAAACAGCAGUGUGGAAGAAAAUUUAACAGAUGAAAGUGAUUUAUCAGAAAAUGAAAAAGCAAAUGAUACUUUACUCAGCUAUUUUAAAAAGAUGGACCUGAACUUAAAGCCAGAAACAAUAGAAAAUGUUGAAGGAUCUUUCAUAGAGGAACCAAGUGAAGUAUUUCCAUAUCCUGAUUUUCUCCCUCCUCCUCUCAAUACUCUGGACUUGCACAGAUUAGCUCUCUCAAAGUCUGAAAAUUGGAAAGCAACAGUGGAACCUCCAGAAAGCUCUACUGAACAUUUGAUAACUCGUUUACUGGAAAUGGAAAGAUUACAACAUGUGACUAUACAAAAAGAGAGGCCAAGACUACAAACUACCUUCUGUACUCCAGCAGUUACUGAACGACCCUCUUCCUCCAAAGCUAUACCCAAAAUGAGACAGCCAAAACUUUCUGACUCUCUGAGUCUUCAGACAAGUUGUGUAGAUAUAAGUCGAGAAAAAAGAAGAAACAAUUCUGGUUCUUUUAAGUGUGAACAAAAUGCUUCAAAGUGGAAUUGGAGCCAUGCUGGCAAAUAUAAAUGGAAUUCUAGACCACUAUCUCUAAAAAGUCCAUCCACCACAAAACAAUUGAUUGCAACUUAUGAUGACUUUAAAAAUCCCAAAAGCUCCAUUUUAAAUCCAUGCCAAGAACUCUCAACCAAGCCUGCUAAUGCCCAAACAACUCACUUACUGGUUAAAAUGGUCUCCACAAGAUGUCUGCCACCUAGGUCUCCAAUACCAGUUUCACCUAUACCUCUGUCUUUUCCCGAAAAUCAGAGAGAAGAAAUUAAGGCACCAAGCACCAAAAAGAAACUUUACCGAAAAACCAUAGUAUUGAACAGACCAUUCUAUAUUCAGAAGCUAAACUGUUUGUCGCCUUCGUUUAUAGCUAAGGAUAACUGCUCAUCCACUGACCCAAAAUAACUUUUCUUUCAUACUUCUCAAUGUGAGCAAAUCUAUUCCAAGAAGCGUGGCUAAAAUAUGGUUCAUCAUUCCGAGAUACAGGUACUAAAAA